AUGGUGGCACCUAUGCUGGGUAUAUUCACGUCGCAAACACCACAAGUUUGUUACACAGAGUUGGGAUGCUUUAGAAAUGAUGGUGUGUUUGGUGCCAACCCUAUCCGACCGAUUAAUCCAUUUCCACAAUCGCCACAAACAAUUGGCACUGAAUUCUUGUUUUAUUCGCUAACUAAUGCAAACAAUCCGCAAACCAUUCAGGCAUUGGAUUCAUAUUUAUUCAAAAAUAUCAAAUUCAAUUCGUCAUUACAAACAAGGAUUGUGAUCCAUGGCUACAAAGCGGGACUUUUAGUGAACGGCUUCUCACACAAUUCGUUUGAAGUGGUAAAGGAUGGCCUCUUGAAUAGCGGUAAUUCCAAUGUAAUACUAGUGCAAUGGACUCGAGGGGCCAGUGGUUUAUACUUUCAAUCAGUUGCUAACUGUAGAGUUGUCGCCUCGCAGAUUGCCUUGCUCAUUAAAUAUUUAGUGAAUGAACGCAAAGCCCGGACAGACAUGUUUCACUUAAUUGGCUUUAGUUUAGGCGCCCAUAUAUCUGGAUAUGUGGGCAAAUUAGUGCCCAAUUUAGGCCGUAUUACAGCCUUAGAUGCGGCCAAACCUUACUUCGAUGGCGUAUCCGCUGGCGUGCGCUUAGACUCAUCGGACGCACUGUUUAUUGACUCAUACCAUACAGACAAUGACAUGGGAACAACGAGUCCAAUAGGAAAUAUAGACAUAUAUUUUAAUGGUGGGAACCGACAGCCCGGUUGUGAUUACCAGAUCUUUGACACGGCUUUAAACGACGGCAUAUUAGAUGGUUUAUUUGAGACCCUUUCGUGUGACCACAAGCGAGCCCUCGACUAUUAUGCAGAUUUCCUGUUGACAUCUAAGAGCGCCUGUAGGCCAGUGGCCUAUCGGUGCGAUAGUUGGCAUAAAUUCAUGUCAGGCCUGUGUUGGAUGUGCGGUCAAAGUGGAGAGAACUGUGUUGUUGUGGGACUUAAUGCUGAUCUCAAUACUCAUCGCAAUGUCUAUAGAAAAGCUGAUAAUAACCCUAUUGUGGUACGAAAAAUCGAUACUCAUUUUGAGGCCUACUAUUAA